CCCUGAGGAGGGUGUUUGUCUUUAAAGCUGACGCUCCCCGUCCCCCUCCCCGCAGGAAAGGCUGAGGGCGCUGCCGGCGCUGAAGUCCUUGUUGGGGUCCCCGCCCCGGAGCCUCUCUCAGCGGUCCUUUUGACUGAAGUUGAGGUGAUUGAGACGCUGAGCUGACUUCUUUGAAGGCACAUUCUGUGACUCCUCAACAUAUCCUCGCCUGAGACAACACCCCAGACCCUGAUCAGGACCAGGACCAGGACCAAAUGGCUGCUUCUCAGGGGCUGUUGACAUUCAGGGAUGUGGCCAUAGAUUUCUCUCAGGAGGAGUGGGAAUGCCUGGACCCAGCUCAGCGUAAAUUGUACCUGGAUGUGAUGUCGGAGAACUACAGCAACCUGAUCUCUGUGGCUAUCUUAUCUGAAGACAACCAGGCCAUUCUGCAAAAGCCAAAAAUAAGAGAUUUAUUCCCUAAAAUAAUACUGCAGAAUGCAUGCAAUGAAGACAGAAGUUAUCAAUGCAAGGAGCAUGGGAAAAAUUUUACCCAAGGGUCGAAUUCUAAUAUACAUCAGAAAAUUCAGCUUCUAGAGAACCAUUAUCAAGGUGGAAAAGUCUUUGACCAAUUGUCAAAUCAAACUAUACUUCAGUUUAUUCCUAUUGUGGCAAAAACAAACAAACGAAGAAAAUGUGACAAACUUUUGAAACAAUCUACACAUCAUACUGAACGAGAUUACAUGCAUACUGGAGAGAAAGCUUGCAAAUUUAAUUCCUGUGCGAGAAUCUUCGGUCAGAUACUCAAUAUAAAUAAACUUAAGAAAAUUCGUACUGGAGAAAAACAUUACAAAUGUAAAGAAUGUGGUAAAACAUUUAAUUUUCUUUCAAAUAUUCGUAAACAUGAGAGAAUUCAUACUGGAGAGAAGCCUUAUAAAUGUAGAGAAUGUGGCAAAGCCUUCAGUGUUGCCUCAAACCUUAAUCAACAUCAGAAACUUCAUAGUGGAGAGAAGCCUUAUAAAUGUACAGAAUGUGGCAAAGCCUUUAUCUAUUCCUCCUCCCUUAAUAAACAUCAGACAGUUCAUACUGGAGAGAAGUCCUAUAAAUGUAGAGAAUGUGGCAAAGCCUUUAGCAGAUCCUCAUACCUUACUUAUCAUGAGAGAGUUCAUACUGGAGAGAAGCCUUAUGAAUGUGGGGAAUGUGGCAAAGCCUUCAGUAUCUCCUCAAACCUUAAUCAACAUCUGAAACUUCAUACUGGAGAGAAGCCCUAUAAAUGUAGAGAAUGUGGCAGAGCCUUUACCAGAUCCUCACUCCUUACUUAUCAUCAGAGAUUGCAUACUGGAGAGACGCCCUAUAAAUGUAGAGAAUGUGGCAAAGCCUUCGGUGUGGCAUCUACACUUACUUUUCAUCAGAGAGUUCACACUGGAGAGAAGCCUUAUAAAUGUAGAGAAUGUGGCAAAGCCUUCAGCGUCCCCUCACACCUUAAUCGACAUCAGAAACGUCAUACUGGAGAGAAGCCUUAUAAAUGUAGUGAAUGUGGCAAAGCCUUCAGUGACUCCUCAAACCUUAUUCGACAUCAGAAACGUCAUACUGGAGAGAAGCCUUAUAAAAGUGGAAAAUUCAGUAGGUCCUCAAGGUGUAGUAUUCAUCAGAGUAGUCACACUGGAAAGAAGCCUUAUAAAUGUAGUGAAUGUGACAAAGUCUUCUGUGACUCUUCAGACCUUAAGCAACAUAAGGAACUUCAUACUGGAGAGAAGCCUUUUACAUGUAGAGAAUGUGGCAAAGCCUUUGCCAGACCCUCAGGCCUUACUUACCAUCAGAGACUUCAUACUGGAGAGUAGCCUUAUGAAUGUAGAGAGUGUGGCAAAGCCUUUAGUCAGUUCUCAAACCUUAGUAAGCAUCAGAGUUCAUACUAGAUAGAAGCCUUAUACAUGUAGAGAAUGUGGCAAAGCCUUCAGUGGGGCAACAAAUCACUUAUCAUCAGAGAGUUCGAGAAGCCUUACAAAUGUAGAGAAUGAGGCAAAGCCUUUAACCAGUGUUCUUGCCCUAUUGUACAACAAAGAGUACAUACUUGAGACAAGCCUCACAGUUUUAAGCAGUGCCAUUAGUUCUUUACCAGCAGUGAGAACUUGCUCAGGGCCAAAGAAUUCAUACAGGUAUGAGGCCUUAUGAAAGGGAAAAAUGUGGAAAAGCCUUUAAAGAUAUUCGUGAUUUACUGUACAUGAGAGACUUCAUAGUGGAGUGAAACCUUAACAGAUGUAAGGAGUGUGGCAAAUCCUUUCCUGGACAGUGUGAUCUUAUUAAACAUCAGAUAAUUCAUUAUGAAGAGAAGCCUUACAAAUGUGAAGACGCAGGCACAUUUUUUAAUGACCAUGGUGUCUUUCUCAACACAAUGCAAUUCGUACUGGAGAGAAGAACUAUAUAUUGAGUUAGUCAAAGCUUUUAAUCAGGAGUGUUGUCUCACUCAACAAAAAAAUAUAAUGGAGUGAAACAUUACCAAAGGAGAAUGUGGCAAAGCUUUUAACCUGUACUCAAACUUCCUAUUAAUUGGAGGGAAUCAUUCUAAAUAGAAACAGUAAAAAUAUAAAGAAUCUUCCCAAAGAUUUAACCAUUGUACUAAUUUCAUUGAGAAUGAUCAAAUUGAGCUUUAUAAAUUGUAACACAUGUGCCAAAGUGUAUAUUCUCAUUUAUAUGUUAUUCAACAUCUGAUAAUUAUUGCUAGAGUGAAGCCCAGCAAAUAUAAAGAAUGUGGCAAAGUUUCACUCGGUACAUGAACCGUAUUUGACAUCCGAAUUCAUACUCAGGAGAAACAAUGAAAAUGUAAACAGUGUCCAAAAGCCUUUAUUCCACAUUCAUAAUUUAUUCCUCACAUUGAAAUUCCUAGCAGAGGGAAACCCUAAAACCAAAGAAUGUGGGAAAUCCUGUAGCUGGACCUGCAGUCUCAGUCAAUAUGAAGGAUUGCAAUUUGGACUUAAUUCUAUGUUUAUGAUAUAGGAGGAAAGGCUUUUCAAAAAAAAAAUAUGCUUCUCAAAAUCCUAAAAAUUUUUCAAAGUAUAUAUUUGAAAUUAAGUUUUAAAGUAUCAGAAUUGACACUAAAUGAAGAGUCAAUACUUCUCAAGUAUUACUCUAAAUCAGAAUACUUAUGGAGAAUAAUCCAAUGUUUUAAUGGACAUAAGUGAUUUUUAGUAUGCUUGAAUAUAUUAAAAACAAUGUUUUCUUAAGUAUAAUUGCUUACAGUGUUGUCUAUUUUUUAUUGACAUUAUUUGAGACAUAUUGAAAAGGCAAUAUUAAUGUGAUUCUGCUCCCAUAUCACUGAUGCUACCAUGUUUUAUUCCUGGUGUAUGUGUUAAAUCAUGGGGUUGGUACUUCCUUAAAGACCUGUCAGCACUUGUAUGUUACAGAGGUUUCACUGACAUACUUUUCCAUGGAAUAGUGCAUAUAUUGUAAGGCACACUGUUUUAAGACCAUCUCACUGGAGAUUGUGGUUGACUUAGAAUUUUGUUUUAUGUCAUCACGAAACGGCAUUAUAAAUUUCAACUAAAUU